GGAUUUAUUAUUUUGAAGUAAAAAUUGUCAGUAAGGGAAGAGAUGGUUACAUGGUAAUUGGUCUUUCUGCUCAAGGUGUGAACAUGAAUAGACUACCAGGCUGGGAUAAACAUUCAUAUGGUUAUCAUGGGGAUGAUGGACAUUCAUUUUGCUCUUCUGGAACGGGACAACCUUAUGGACCAACUUUUACAACUGGUGAUGUCAUUGGCUGUUGUGUUAACCUUAUCAACAAUACCUGCUUCUACACCAAGAAUGGAUAUAGUUUAGGUAUUGCUUUCACUGAUCUACAGCCAAAUUUAUAUCCUACGGUGGGGCUCCAGACACCAGGAGGAGUAGUUGAUGCCAAUUUUGGGCAGCAUCCUUUUGUGUUUGACAUAGAAGACUACAUGCGAGAGUGGAGAGCCAACAUACAGGCGCAGAUAGACUGGUUUCCGCUCGGAGAUCGAGAGGGAGAAUGACAGACGAUGACACAGAAAAUGGUUUCAUCUUACUUAGUCCACCAUGGGUACUGUGCCACAGCAGAGGCCUUUGCCAGAUCUACAGACCAGACCGUUCUAGAAGAAUUAGCUUCCAUUAAGAAUAGACAAAGAAUUCAGAAAUUGGUAUUAGCAGGAAGAAUGGGAGAAGCCAUUGAAACAACACAACAAUUAUACCCAAGUUUACUUGAAAGAAAUCCUAACCUCCUUUUCACAUUGAAAGUGCGUCAGUUCAUAGAAAUGGUGAAUGAUACAGAUAGUGAAGUACGAUGUUUGGGAGGACGAAGCCCAAAAUCUCAAGACAGUUAUCCUGUUAGUCCUCGACCUUUUAGUAGUCCGAGUAUGAGCCCAAGCCACGGGAUGACUAUCCACAGUCUAGCUUCAGGCAAAGGAGGUACUGCACAUUACUCUGGUUUUGAAAGUUGUAGUAAUGGUGUAAUAUCAAAUAAAGUACAUCAGUCAUAUUGCCAUAGUAAACACCAGUCCUCCAAUUUGAAUGUUCCAGAACUGAACAGCAUAAAUAUGUCAAGAUCACAAGUUAAUAACUUCACCAGUAAUGAUGUAGACAUGGAAACAGAUAACUACUCCAAUGGAGGGAGAAACUUCAUCCUAAAUGGUAGCUCUAAACAUGAUCACGAAAUGGAAGAUUGUGACACCAAAAUGGAAGUUGAUUCGAGUCAGUUAAGACGCCAGUUGUGUGGAGGAAGCCAGGCCGCCAUAGAGCGAAUGAUCCGCUUUGGAAGAGAGCUACAGGCGGUGAGCGUACAGCUGAGGAGGGAAUGCGGGAAGAACACAGCAAAUAAAAAAAUGCUGAAGGAUGCAUUCAGUUUACUGGCUUAUUCAGAUCCUUGGAACAGUCCAGUUGGAAGCCAGCUUGACCCAAUUCAGAGAGAACCUGUGUGCUCAGCUCUUAACAGUGCAAUAUUAGAAGCCCACAAUCUGCCAAAGCAGCCCCCUCUUGCCGGAGCAGUGGGGCAGGCCACACAGUGUCUGGGACUGAUGGCUCGGUCCGGAACUAGAUCCUGUGCGUUUGCCACAGUGGAAGACUACCUACAUUAGCUAUGCAUUGAAGGAGCUCACACUCACACCGUGGCAUAUAGUCAACAUGGAAAUAGACCAGCUCUGCUGAUUUGGAAUUUAGAUUUUUUAAAUUAUGUCCUGGGGACAGGUUUUCGUCGCUUUACAUGGCUUCCUAGUUCACAGCAUGAUGCAAAUGAUUUUCUAACUCGGUAUCAGGAGAAAUUAUUUUCCAUCUUUAACCUCUUAGUUGUCUAAGAGUUAAAUAUCACUGAAUUUCAGACAUUUAAAUUGAUCGUCACAAAUCCCUUAAAACAAUUACCUAAAAGAAACCAAAAAAUCUUGCCGCCUUUGUUGGGGAAAGAAGAGGGGGAAGGAAAUGGAACAAGUUGUGUUGUGUUAGCAUAUGGGUGAUGUAAACUUCAAAUUGGGAGCUGUUCCGACCCCCACUCCCACAUAAGCAUUCAGUCAGUGUAACUUGCAAAAUACAUAAACAUUGGACAGUUUGAAUUUAUAGUGUUGAUGGAAGAAAUCAUUUUUAAUGUGUACUGUAAAACUUGAAAUACUCAGGAGCUGAGUGAAUAUGUUUGUUGCUACUUACAAUCCCAACCUGUUAGUCCCAGUAGUUUUGUUUUAACAUCGUCCUUUUCAACUUUGUUUCCUGUUUAACUACGGACAAUUUCUGUUAUAUACUCACAAGUUUAACUGUUGUAUUAUAACAGUAUUACAUGUCAACAGUGUGGUUAUGACCUUUAUUUAUAUAAAA